UUUGAGGUGUACCAGACAGAGAAGUCCGCCAAGAAUGUUAAAGAGGCUGCAAAAUGUCUCGGCGUUCUGCUCCGAGAGUUCGCCCACGAGCCUGCCCUGUGGCGCGAGGUGGACAGCAUCAUGGUAGCUUUGCGACAGAACACACCAGACUCCCAGACCUCCUUCCUCACCUUCCUCUUCAACAUGCUGCCCAAGGACGUCCAACUAAGCAUGGUGGCUGCCGCGGCCGAGCGCUCCCAGGACACAAUGACGCGCUGCCGACUCAUGCUCCUGCUUACCACGACCUUCCCGGAGACCACAGCGCACCAUGGGCUUCAACUGGUGGAGAGCCUCAUCACCGCCGAGAAACACUGCCCCGGCCCCCUCAACCCCUUCAGAAGGAUGUUGGUGUGUGAUCUGCUCCCGAGACUCCUUCAGACACAAGGCUUGGAGGUUCGGCCCAAGACGCUUCAUAACCUCCUCUCUCGGGCCAUUGAGUUCUAUAUCACCUAUGUAACAACACCGUCCAGGGUCCUGCAGGGCAUCAUGGACGGAGAUAGCAAGAUUGAGGAACCCUGGCAACAGCUGUUCACGGUGGUGCAGCUGAUCGGCUGGAACCUGGGAUGGGACCUGGUCAAGGGAUUCCAGAGUACCAGCAACCGUGAAGUCAUCCUCCAACGCAUCCAGAACCUUAUCGAGGGCGGGGCGAGGCUGGGCGGUCCGAAGGGCGAGGGCGGGGAGGACGUGAGGGAGGUCCUCUACACCACUCUGACCAUCUUCCUGCACGCCCUCAUGGACUACACCAAGAGACUGUACCCGGACUUUAACCAGGAGAACGCCUCCUCCACCACCCCGCCCAUGACCCUAGUGGAAGCCUUCAUCCACCCCGAGACCGAGUCCACCGAACCCAGCCUUGUCGUGGCCCCAAAACGCCCCCGCCCCUCCAUCGAUGACGACCCCACCACCCCCAUCAUCACCGUCAGCCGCCCCGCCCCGCCUGGACCCCCCGGCGCGGUGGUGGGGGGCCUGGGGGUGGCGGGGCAGGGGGGGAUAGCCGCUGGGGGUCUGUCGCAAGCGCUGACGACUGCUAUUAAAUGUUGGGAUAUUUUGAAGUCUUAUGAGCAAUUACGAGCUGAGUUCGUGCGCCUGCUGGAGAGCCUGGGUUCGGAGCUGUGGUGGUGGCUGCGUGUGUUCACCGUGGAUGUGUUGAUCUACCAAGGGCGGCUGGCUGAGGCGGCCCGGGAGCUGCGACACACCCUCACCCAGCGGCACACCUCCCUACAGCCCACGGCCUUCAUCAGCACCAACCUCAAGCUGGCCUCGGUGCUGUUUGCCAUCAGUAACUUGUCGGGGGCGGCCGAGGCAGUGUUGGAGGUGGUAGGCCAGCUGCCGGGGUGGGUGGGUGUGGGGGGGUUGACGGGUGACCUCACAGUAACGGCGCCCCCCACGCACCGCCACCUCCACGUCCUGGCCCUCACCCGCCCACAGUGUCUCCAAUUCGCCACCACGCUGCUCAUCCACGCACUCCGCCAGCGGAUCGUGGUGGAGAGGCACUCGGAUGACUUCUGCGUUGGUCAUCUGAUCACGCUGCUGCAGUACGAAUGGCCCAAAUACAGCAGCACGUUUGAGGAGGUGCUGCAGAUCAUACGCAAACAGGGCAGCUUCGCGUACCCUCUCUUCUGCAGCUAUGUUACCACGCCGGACAUCCUCGAGGAGUUCAUGUACCUGGCGACCAAGGAAGGAGGCAGCUUGCAACUCGACAUAAUACCCAUCGCACAGGGAAACAAACAGCAGCGCACCAUCUCGACGAGGGGUGUGGACCGGGACCUCAAGCAAGAUUUCAAGCAGGGGAUGAAGAAGUUGAUGCUGCGGUCCUCCGAGCCCAUCGAAGGAACCAUCAUUACUUUCCUCACGCUGGAAGGCUCCCUCAUACACCAGAACCUUAUGUGAGGCUUGGAAGAACCCUCCUGCGCCACCCUGCCCCUCCCCACCCUGAAGCCUCUUCCGUCAACUUCCCGACACUGACGAGGGGAGGAGGAGGAGGGGGAGCAGAAGGGAUACCAGUUGCCUUCAUAGCUGGAUAUUGGUAAGGCCUCUCUGUGGUCUAUGUAGAGGAGGAGGAGGAGGAGGAGGAGUAGUUGCUGUGAAGAAGAUUGAUAGGCCUUCCACCCUCCUUCUUCCCUUCCUCCUUCCCUUCUCUUUUCUCUCCUUCAAUAUCUUCCCCUCCCUUCCUCCUCUCUUCCGCUUCCUCAUUCCAUCACUUAACCCUACGCCCCUGUCCACCCAGGUAUUAAUCGGGGGUAGUGUCCCGUCUCCUGGGGUCUGUUCUCUUCUCCUGUAAUUCCUUCCCCUUCCGUCUCUCUCCGGCAUAUGACCACAGAUGUUGCGCCGACUAAACCAAACUUUCCCUUCUCCUAUAAUUCCUUCCCCUUCUGUCUCUCUCCGGCAUAUGACCACAGAUGUUGCGCCGACUAAACCAAACUUUCCCUUCUCCUAUAAUUCCUUCCCCUUCUGUCUCUCUCCGGCAUAUGACCACAGAUGUUGCGCCGACUAAACAAAACUUUCCCUUCUCCUAUAAUUCCUUCCCCUUCUGUCUCUCUCCGGCAUAUGACCACAGAUGUUGCGCCGACUAAACCAAACUUUCCAACUUGGUCCCUAGUAGACACAGCCAGAUAUACAGUAUGGUGGAGAUAGAGGGAGGUAUAUUAAGGUUACAGAGCUGGAGUUAUAUUGUAAAGAGGAGAAGGAGGGUCUGAAUAUAUCUCAAGAAUACACAA